UAAAUACACCCCCCCAAAUACUACUUCAUCAUCAACACAUUCUUCAUCACCAUUCACCAUAUUCACCACUACUUCUUCUCAAUCUCAUCUUUUACUAAACAAUGGCCAUUAUCAAGAAAUACUCCAACAAACUACCUCAAAAUGCAGUUUUGAAACAAAUCCUUAAAAGAUGUUCAAGCUUAGGAAAGAAUGAACAACCUAUGGAUGUUCCAAAAGGUCAUUUUCCAGUCUACGUAGGUGAAAACCGUAGUAGAUAUAUUGUUCCAAUAUCUUUUUUAACUCAUCCUGAGUUUCAAUCACUACUUCGUCAAGCUGAAGAAGAAUUUGGUUUUGAUCAUGAUAUGGGCCUUACUAUUCCUUGUCAAGAAGUUGUUUUUCAAUCUCUAACAUCAAUGAUUAGAUGAAAGAGAAUGACAUAUAUAAAUGGUUGUGAAUAUUUGGAGAAGAUCUAUAUGAUCACCAAAGAUGAAGUAAAUAGUUUUUUGCUUCACUUUUUUUCAUUCUCCAUUUUUAUCAUAGCCAUUUAGGUUUGGUUCUCAUUGUGGAUGUAAUAUUUUUACAUCUUAUUCUUUUUUAUUUUUGGGAGUGGGUGAUGAUGAGGCUUGCAUGUUUCAACAACCUAUUUAUUUUUAGUGGUUUUUUUUUUUUUUAUGUGUAUUAUUAUGUAGCUCUAACUUUUUACUCGUGAUUAAAUCAUGGGUUGAAAAUUGUAUAAAGGUUUUCUUGCGGAGGUUAUGUGUAGUUUUACCCUGUGAGAGAUAUUUGUUUGAUCGUGUCAUUGAAUUGAAUGAAAGCAAGGUGGUUAGUUACUU